GCUUGAGGGGCUGCGGUGCAUGAGGGGCUGAGGUGUGUGAGGAGCCGAGGUGUGUAAGGGGCUGCCGCGCGUGAGGGGCUGAGUGUUCAUCACAUGAAGCUGCUGAAGGACAGCCUGCAAAGAGGAUGAAAUGUGAAGAAAGCAGCCUAAAAUCAGAGCUAGAAGGACUCACAUGUGAAAGUGGAAAUCUUGCUACACUAGGGGAAACAUCUAAAACAUUUGAUGGGGAUGGAGGCUCAGAAGAUCCAGGAGACAGCAGUCUAAUCCAACAGGGAAAAGAUGAAAGCAUUCCAGAGACUGAUGGAGGGAAGCAGGGAAAGGAGUGUGGCAUUUCUCUGGAGCCACACACAGUGAAAUCCAGCAGUAUCCCAUUAAAAAGGGGUGGCUAUCUGCACCACUACCAUGUGUUCAGUGAAGAGGAGAGCAGCUGUGGGAGCUUUGAUGGAGCCACCUCGGAGGAUGCGGAUCACUCGCAGAGGCCGAUGCUCCUGGAGCACAGCAGCUGCUUCUCGGAUGAGGACAGCAACCAGCCCAUGCCAGUGCACCGCUUCUUUGGAGAUGUGGAACUGCAUCUCCCAGCAGUUGUGCUCCCGAGCGUGACCAGGAGCAGGCGAGAAGCCAGGAAGCUCCAUUUCAUUGCAAAGGAAGAUGAUGAUGAGGAGGAGGAGGAAGAGGAUGUUGUCUAACACAAAGUGUAAACAAAUUAAACCCUUUUUCUUUGCAACCACAUGGCAGUGGCUGUGUCAGUAACAUGAGGUGUCUGUCUGCCUUUUCUCAGGGAGAGAACUGGGAGAGUUUGUUUUGCAGGAAUUGGCAGAUACAGUAUUCCAAUGAUUAUCUGGGGCAAAUACUGAAUUUUCAGUGUUUUGGAAAUAAAGUAUAAUUUAUCACUUUACCACUGAUAUUUAGGAAAAAAACCAGGGAAAAUAAAGUUCAUAUUGCUUUUUUGGGAAUUUGAGCCUCUAUCUUGAGGAAGUAUUUGGUUAUACUCCUCUUUUUUUUUUCAAAAUAGUAAAAAAAGAAAGAUGCUGUAUCAAGGUUCUUAUUCUUUUAAUUCUGCAAUGUCUGUGACAUCCAGGUAAUAAAGGAGCCGACUGACUCCCUGGUACAAAGAAGGUCAAGGGUCUCCCUUGUGUGGGUUGCUUGCACCUAGCCCAGGACCAAUUAAACCCCUAAAAUGCAGUGGCGCUGGCAAAAUGAAAUGCAGGAUGUCAGAGUGGGUUCAGUGUGCUCAUCUCUGGGAGUUCAGCAUGUUUUCCUUGCAUGUCAGCUCCCCAAACACCCACCCUGUGGUGCUGCCUCCUCCCUCCACCUGCUGCUCCCAGUCUUGUCCUUCAACUGGUUUCCAGCAGGGAUUUUGGAAACAAAUGCUUUGGUGGUGAUACACAAGGAAUACCAUGCCUUGGAUUUGAUGGACAGAGGAAGAUUGCUAAGGCUGUGGGGCAGCCCCCUCUGCGUGUUUAAAAAAAAAAAAAAAAAAAAGAGCAACCUCAGCUGAUUCCAGGAACUGUUAAUUCACCCUGUGUUUGUGGGAAUAUUUCUUUGAAAGUGUGAUUAUGCAAUAAGCUUCUAGGUAUUUAUUGUUACAGCUCCUAUGUUUCUAAAAAUAGAGAGAAAAUGUUAUCAGCAGAUGGUUUAA